AAAUAAAUAAAAUGAAUUUAAAAAGGUGUGACAGGUGCAAAGGCCCACUAAGAGUAACAAAAGAAAAGGUAUAUGUUUUAUGCUCUGACCCCAUUACUAUAUUUUUUUCCUUUCAUGUUGGCUCGUAUUAUGGAGAUGAUUUCCUAAUUUCUCUUUUCACUCCAGAAUUUCUGAGAUCAAACAUAUUCUAACAAAAAUGAAAAGUUAAAGUAAGAAAAGAAAAAGUACCACUAGACACUAAUCACUAGGGAAGAAUUUGCACCAAAGAGCACCAAAAGAUUAAUUUUGAACACGGAAAAAAUUAGUUCUGUACUGUAUGUGUAUAUACUCUGUUCCAGAUCUAAAUGGGUUCUUGCUAUUGUCAGGUGCUGGCUUUGCUUCUUUUCUCUCUACCAUGUAUUCUAUCCCAAGUUACAGAUUUUAUCAGCAUAGAUUGUGGAGGAGCAAGUAAUUACACAGAUAAAAAAACAGGGCUAGCAUGGAUGUCAGACACUGGUAUUAUGAGUCAUGGAGAAAUAGUUGAUGUUAACAGCAUAAAUGAUGGAUGGGAACCCUACAAAAAAAGACGAGACUUCCCAACAGAUGACAGGAAAUACUGCUAUACAUUAGGCACACAGGAGAGAAGAAGGUACCUUGUCAGGGCAACCUUUCUAUAUGGAAGCACAGAAGAUGCAGAUACAUACCCUAGCUUUCAGCUAUACUUGGAUGCAACAAAGUGGGCAACUGUUACUGUGUUUGAUGGCUCAAGGACAUAUGUUGAAGAGAUGAUCAUCAGGGCGCCUUCUAGCUCCAUGGAUGUUUGCCUCUGUUGUGCAACUACAGGGUCUCCCUUCAUUUCUACCCUGGAGCUUCGCCCACUGAAUCUCUCAAUGUACGCCACUGAUUAUGAAGACGACUUCUACUUGAAGGUUGCAGCUAGGGUAAACUUUGGAGCUCCGAGCAAGGACCCAAUAAGGUAUCCGGAUGACCCAUUUGAUCGAGUAUGGGAAUCAGACCAAGUAAAAAGGCCAAACUUUCUAGUAGGGGUAGCUCCAGGAACAGAUAAGAUUAGUACAAAAAAGAACAUUGAAGUGAAUAAUAGAGAGUAUCCACCAGUUAAAGUGAUGCAAACUGCUGUAGUUGGUACAGAGGGGAAUCUAAGCUACCGGCUGACGCUAGAGGAUUUUCCAGGGAAUGCUAGAGCUUUUGCAUAUUUUGCUGAGAUAGAGAAUCUGAGAAAAAAUGAAACUCGAAAGUUCAAAAUGGAGCAUCCUUACGUAUCAGAUUACAGCAAUGCAGUCGUGAAUAUAGCAGAAAAUGCUAAUGGCACCUACAAACUUUAUGAACCUAGCUACAUGAACGUGACUCUGGAUUUUGUCCUGUCAUUUUCGUUUGUGAGGACACCAGACUCAACAAAGGGUCCGCUCUUAAGUGCAAUUGAGAUCAGCAAAUAUGUUCAAAUUGGUUCAAAAACUGAUGCUCAAGAUGUGAUUGCACUCAACGUCAUCCGAACCAUGUUGCUUACUAGCGAGGAAAAUCAAGAUGAAGGGGAUCCUUGCACUCCAACACACUGGGAAUGGGUUAUCUGCAGCUCAACUGCACCACCACGGAUUACUGAAAUACAUUUGUCACAGAGAAAUCUAAUAGGGGUCAUACCACCUGAAAUUCAAAAUAUGGACGCAUUGACAGAAUUGUAUUUGAAUGGUAAUUCCCUCAAUGGAUCCAUCCCAGAUAUCAGUAACCUCGUCAAUUUGAAAAUUGUGCAUAUAGAGAACAACAAACUCGAUGGACCUUUACCCUCUUACCUUGGUAGUUUACCAAGCUUACAGGAGUUGUACAUUCAGAACAACUCCUUCAGCGGCAAAAUACCUUUGUCAUUAGUAAACAAAAAAAUAAUAUUCAACUUUGACGGAAAUCCUAGACUAAGUAAAGGAACACACCUAGGUACAAGUUUGAUUGCAGGGAUAUCUGUGGCAGUAUCUGUAGCACUUAUGAUAGUGAUUCUUGUAAUUUGGUUACUACUGCGCAAUUUCAGAAGAAAAUCAUCUCGGCAGAAAUUUGGCUCUAAAGGCAGCUCUUUGCAUCCAAGUAAGUCACCGAAAGGACACCGCCUUGUACGAGGUACACAUCUAAUGGAUGAUGGUGUAGCUGCCUGCAUUAAGAUGACUGAAAUAGAAGCUGCCACAAUGAAUUUCUCAAAGAACAUUGGAAAAGGAAGCUUCGGUAUUGUUUACUAUGGAAGAAUGAAAGAUGGCAAAGAGGUUGCAGUCAAAGUCAUAGGUGACCCGACAAGCCAAGGAACCAAGCAAUUUCUAACUGAGGUAUCCCUGUUAUCAAGAAUUCAUCACAGAAACUUGGUUCCUCUUCUUGGAUAUUGUGAAGAAGCAAAUCACAGAAUUCUGGUCUAUGAAUAUAUGCAUAAUGGGACACUACGAGAUCACAUACAUGAUUCUGUCAAACAGAGGCAGCUAGAUUGGCUUACUCGUUUGCGUAUUGCAGAAGAUGCAGCUAAAGGCCUUGAAUACUUGCACACUGGAUGCAGUCCAAGUAUCAUUCACCGAGAUGUAAAAACCAGUAACAUCCUCCUAGAUGUAAAUAUGAGAGCAAAAGUAGCAGACUUUGGACUUUCAAGACAAGCUGAAGAAGAUCUCACUCAUAUAUCAAGUGUAGCUAAAGGAACACUAGGCUAUCUAGACCCAGAGUACUACGCAUAUCAACAGCUCACAGAAAAGAGUGAUGUUUAUAGUUUUGGUAUUGUUCUCUUGGAACUGAUAUCUGGAAGAAAGCCCAUCACAGAGGAUUACGGGACUGACUGGAAUAUAGUGCACUGGGCAAGGUCGUUGAUCCGUAAGGGGGAUGUUGAAAGCAUGAUGGAUCCUUUCCUUGCAGGAAGCAUAAAACUCGAGUCUCUAUGGCGAGUCGCUGAAGUGGCCAUACAAUGUGUUGAGCAUCAUGGAUACUCACGGCCAAAAAUGCAAGAAAUUAUCUUGGCCAUACAAGAUGCAAUGAUGAUAGAGAAGGGAGCUGAAAACAACCAAAGCAUAUCAUCAGGCAGCGGAAGAGCACAAUCUUCAAGGAAAACCUUGCUGACAAGCUUCCUAGAGAUAGAAAGUCCAGACUUAUCAAAUGGCCGCAUAACUCCAUCUGCAAGAUAAACACGAAAGAUAUCUUCAUGUUAUACAAAAAUGUAGCAUAACCAUGCAUAAUCAUGAGUCAUGUAAAAAAUAAUCCAUUCAAAUUGAUAAAGUAUGGAAACAUAAAAAUACAAUAGCCCUAGGUUUCCAUCAUUCCUCAUCCUCAUAAAACAUUUCUCUUUAGACUUCUGUUUGUACAACUGGUAUACAGAUCCUAAGUUCUCACUUA